GUACGCACCAGGGAGCGAGGACGAGGAAGGGAGGGAUGGAGGGAGAGAAAGAGGGACAGAGCGAGAGAGGGACAGAGGGAGCGAGAGAGAGAGCGGGGCGCCAGGCACCAGGAGAAGAGCAUCAAGCGACUUCAAUGUGGGAAGCAGAACUGCAACUUUCCACAGGAAAAACAAGUGUUGCGUGUUUAUUUGGACGUACAAUGCGACUCCCUGGCUUGAUGCUGGAUUUUGACUCGUCACCACUUUGACAGGAGUGUAGCUCGACUUUGUAUCGUCUGUGGGAGGAAUUUCAGGUUUUCCCGAAUCAAACAUUUUGGUCUGGAUCUCUAGGAGCCACUCGGGGAGUAAACUGAACGUUCUACCUCCUGCUCUCAUUGGGAAAAUACAUUAAACUUCACAACCAUCAUGGAUGAGGAGCAGUGCUACUAUAAUGAGACCAUUGCCUUCUUCUACAACCGCAGUGGCAAGUACCUAGCUACUGACUGGAACACGGUGAGUCGCUUGGUGAUGGGCCUGGGCAUCACAGUCUGCAUUUUCAUCAUGCUCGCCAACCUCCUGGUGAUGAUUGCCAUCUAUGUCAACCGGAGAUUCCACUUCCCCAUCUACUACCUGAUGGCUAACUUGGCAGCUGCAGACUUCUUUGCUGGUCUGGCCUAUUUCUACUUGAUGUUCAACACGGGACCAAACACAAGGCGUCUGACUGUUUCAACAUGGCUGCUCCGCCAAGGUUUGAUCGACACCAGCCUGACAGCCUCUGUGGCAAACCUCCUGGCUAUCGCCAUCGAACGCCACAUCACAGUGUUCCGCAUGCAGCUGCACACACGCAUGAGCAACCGCCGUGUGGUGGUGGUAAUCGUCAUAAUCUGGACCAUGUCCAUCAUCAUGGGAGCCAUUCCAAGUGUGGGCUGGAAUUGUAUCUGUAGUAUUAAAUCAUGCUCCAAUAUGGCACCACUUUAUAGCAACUCCUACCUGGUCUUCUGGGCUGUUUUUAACCUGGUGACAUUUGUUGUCAUGGUGACGCUGUAUGCCCACAUCUUUGUCUAUGUGCGCCAAAGGACAAUGAGGAUGUCACGUCACAGCUCUGGACCACGACGUAACAAAGACACGAUGAUGUCACUGCUGAAAACUGUGGUGAUUGUGUUGGGUGCAUUCAUAAUCUGCUGGACCCCAGGUCUUGUCAUCCUUCUUCUUGACGUCUUUUGUGCCAGCUGCAACGUCCUCACCUAUGAAAAGUUCUUCCUGCUUCUCGCCGAGUUUAACUCUGCCAUGAACCCCAUCAUCUACUCCUACCGUGAUAAAGAGAUGAGUGCCACCUUCAGGCAGAUCCUGUGCUGCCAGCGGCAGGAGAACAUCAACGGGACGACAGCGGAGGGGUCUGACCGAUCGGCGUCGUCCAUUAACCACACGGUGCUCAGCGGUGGCAUGCAUCACCAUCACAACAACGAACACUCUGUGGUAUAAAGGGUCAAGGUGAAUGGCUGAACUCCGAGUGAGAGAUAAUAACUGGGAGAAGGUGAGACGCUGCAUGAGAAGGUCAUGCUACUCUGAACGUGAUGUGAAGACAUGAUCUCAUGUAUGGGAUUGCGGAAGGAAGAUGUACACUUUAGUUUUGGAUCACAGAAGAACUCUAAUUAUGAAGGAUGAGGAGUGAUCAGACAUCGUUAAUGACUAUGAAAUGCUGUUAGUAUUGUCGUUUAUGACAUAUUUUCUAUUUGUGUUAAAUGUGUUACUCCGGGCAAGGCUAAACCAAACUAUUUUGUCUGUGAAAUUGCAAUAGUGCCAGUAUAACAUACACCCUCUCUCCAGUGUGCUGUAACUGUUACUAUAUACUCCAGUUACUUCCACCAAGCACAAAUGCAUGAAAUACAUGAAAUACAUUGUUUUGUUUGUGUUUGUUGAUAAUUAGUUAGUUAGCAGGAUCAUGCAAAAACCACACAAACGAUUUCUUGAGAAACAUUUUGGUGGGGGUGUAAAAUCACAUUUUGUGAGGAUUUGGGCUCUACCACCAGUUUAGCACCAGUCAAUUAAAAUCCAUCCGUUUGUUAAGUCUGACAUGAAGCAGAAAGUAGCCAGAUAACUGAUAAAAAGACAGAUAAACUCAAGAAAGGCGGUCCACUUUUUUACUUUUGUUAACAGUUCAACUUUGGCAAAGGUCUGUGCUUCACUGAGUGCCAUUCUAGUUACAAAUUUGGUUUUGUCCAUUGCGACCAAAGGGGUUCAUUUACAUCAUUCGUUUGUGAAGCUAUAGCUCAACGAAACAAUAACUGAAUAUUAUAGUGCUUCGAUUUGAUGACUCAUCUUUUGGAUCAUAAUCAGGCUUUUGUCUGAUUUUGAUGUUCAUCGCCUAGUAGACCUUAAUUGACACAUAAUGGAAAAUAGUUAACUCAUUCACUGCCAUUGAGGGCUGUUGAAUUCAAAUGUCCAUGUUAACAUGGAGGACUGGCAGUGAUUAAUAGCUAAUCUUAUGUAACAAUAACUUCAAUCAAAAUUUGGGAGCACAAACUUGGUGAUAACGGAAUUGAUCAGAUGCAAAUUCUUUAAUGCUGCAUUUGAAACAUGUUUUGAACACCACGAAGCAUCCAAAAAUGAUCCACUGAACAGCUUCAGGCUGUCAUCCUACGUAAAAACAUGAGAGUCAAAUAGCUGCAAGAAAUCCCAACUUGUUUAUUUACCAUCUAAGGCAUUAAAGACAACUUGUUCUCGGGAUUUUACCAAAGAAGGGGAGGAGGAUGUUUGCAGUUUACCGCAUGCAGGCGCAGACCCACUGUAUUAUGCAGAGAGAAGGUGAAGGUUGUCUUAUUGGUGGUUGUGAGUGUUAGCAGACAGCAGAUCAUGACAUGAAAUGUGAUGACUUGUGUGCCUCUUCUUGUUUUAUCGUUUGUUUUUGUGUCCAUGAAUCAGAAGAGGCCUAAGGUCAUAUUUGUGCAAAAAAAUAAAAGUAAAAGUCAGUGAGAUGACUAGUGAUUCCUCUCAAAUUGUCAAGCAUGAAGAGGAUUCUAUGGCGGCCUUAAGUGUGAAAUUCAGAGAAUCUGUGGUCCCAUAGUUCGUCUGCUCUGUUGUUUAAUUUCCAUUUUAAUGAAAUCCUUUUAUUUGGGGAAAAGGUCACUCUUAUGAGAUCACAGCUUGGCUUUAGAAAACACCAGAGCUGAGCAGUGCUAACGUGUCCUUUUGACCUGAGAUUGAAUGUUACACACCAGUAUUGUCAAAGGAAAGUUGAAGUUUUAUGUACAUAGAUGAAUUUUUACUAUAUGAAAUGUUUGAAGUGAAGGUGAGGUUGAUCUUUAUUGUUCCAUUUUAAUCAAAUGUUUACUAUACCGUAGCAUUUCUACAGUCACUGACAACUAAAACACGAAUCACGUACAGAUUAUGAAAAGUACAGUUUAGUUCCCGGGCUUGCCUUUCCAUGACAGUGUGCGUGCAUGAUGGUAAUAGCCGCGUGAAUUUAAGGAAAUAGUGUGAGAUCAUAUCAUAUCAGCUUUAUGUUUUCUACAUGUUCAGUUAAUUCAGGAGCACAUUUCUCUGUUGACCAAUCAACGGCAUAUUUUAGAGACCCCUUCCACAAGCAUACCGAAAUACCCUAUUGAAGGAGUACUGUUUAGUAAGAUGAUUCCGGUGGGAUAUUUUAGGACCUUAAACCAUGGAAAAACAAUUAAAUUGAUAAUGUACCAAAGUGAAUUGUACUGCUUGAAUGUAUUUGGAAACUUUAACAAAAGUACAUUGUUAUUAUGGUUCUACUUGAUUAUUCACUGCAUGGAUCAUUGCAUGUGUGUAACUGUACUGUACUAGAAAUGUGCAUACCAGUAUGCACAAUCACCACAUUGUCCCAUUCAGCUUCUAAAUUUUGCAGUGAAGUAGUUAAGGGUAUAUUAUUUUCAUAAUGUUCAUCAAGCCACCCCAAAAUAGGCACAUUUUCUACAAAUGUUAAUGUGCUUUUAUAUGAACUCCUACUAAAUUAUUGUGAGGGAUGCAAGCCAGAGUUGAGUUUCUCAUAUAUGCAGGGUUUAGAAACAACAGGGUUAUCUUACGUCCACACACACCCUCAAUGUCUUAUGCCAGCCUCAAGUUGGACGACGCUGAUGCGUCAGUGUGCAUUGUGAAAACAUGUUGCUUGUUGUUUUAGCCUUACUUAAUUUCAAAUAUGAAAAUAUAUGAGAAAAAAAGAAUUAAAGAUUUCCAUAUUAUUUCAGAUGCAUGGGUAAAAAGCCGCUAGUAAGUACAAUUUGUUCACCAGAGUAACCCUAUUUAGAAGAUAACAGAAGUUACGGUCUGUAUAGAAAGAUUACACUGUUCUCUUUUUUAGCAUUCGCCUGAGUCAGAUUAUCGCUUUCGUACACAUGGCUUUAAGCAACUUCACUGACAGCUGUUUGAAGGAUUAUUAUUAUUGUUUAGAAGGCUUUAUGUCAUCUGGCUGUCGCUACACUGUAAAAAUUAGGAAACAUCCCAACAAAAUUUUCAUUAAAUCUUGCUCAGCCUGUUAAGAAAUGUGGGUAAGAGUGCCCCAUUUAAUAUUAUGGUUUACUUAGCUCUAAAUGAUUGCAGUUUGUCUGAAGACUACAUGGCUGACACUAAAUUGUCAGCAGCCUCCCAUUACCCCCCUUUUCCAGCUCUUAUAAUUGGCUGAAGUACCUUUCCUAGAAGUGGCUUGCAUGGAAACAAGUCAGCAGGAGUGGAGUUGUUGACUGUAGUGUUUUGUUUUAUUUUUUUAAGGACUAAGGUCAAUGUCAAAUUUGUAGUUGCACACAGUUUCAAAGUAAAUUGCAUUGUCAAAUAUAUUUAUUCAUGCCAUUUUUGCAUUCCAUCUAUAUUGUGCAACUGCAGUCAUAUACGUAAUGUAUACAGCAUAUGGCAAGGAAUGAAGGUUUUUGGUGUGUGUUUGGAUAAAUGUUGCUGAGAGGGACCACUGUUUGAAUCCUGUUUCUGGGUCCAAGUCAAGAUAAUUUCUACAGUACUGCAGUACAAACAUUUUAUUUCUUUUUACCGUGUUGAGUCUUGUGUUAAAACACUCCUUGUUAUUGUAACUUGACAACAAAUGUCACCCCACCUUCAAGGAUUGUAAGUACUCUACGAUAUCACUGUACUCAUUUCAAAUGCUUGGGGUUUUACAGGCACAUCAACUUUGUAAGACAUCCCCAUGGUUUCCAUACAAUAUUAAAUUGCAUUUAUUAUAUGUCGUAUACGCCGGACCUCUAACUGCGGGGUAUUGAUUUAAAAAGCCACUGACCAAGCUUCAAUACAUACUGCACCGUAGUGUUGGAGCAGUUCAUUGUUUCACUGAUCUGACUUGUGACUGGACCCGACUCAAUUUUUUUUUUCCAUUUCUGAGCAAAAUGUAUCAAUUUUGGUUAUAUAGUAAACCAACUACAUGUGUUAGAGUUCAGUGAGUCAGUGUGUGAAUACAAGCGUAAGUAUAUAUGUACAGCAUGUAUAUAUAAAAUGUAUUAUUCAAAUUAAAUCACCAAAGGGAAUGUGCUUUUACGUGUACAUUAUAACUGCUAUAUGCCGUCCAAAAGCACUGUAGGAGUUUUUGUGCCUUGAUGUCUAUUGUAAUUAAUUUCCUGUAGACACUAUUGAAGUUACAUUGCUUAUUUUAUCUGUGCCUUCUACAGCUCUCCUUUAAGCUAGCCUUAGAAUUGCUUUAGUACAACCACAGAUAAUAAAUUAGAAUAAUUGAGAGUUUGAGUAUUUCAAUUGCGACAGCCAAUGCAAAAUUGAGAAGCACCUUUAUGAUCAUAUUUGUUCACAUCCUGGUUACUGUUCACUGAACUGCACACUUGGACUUUGCAAAGGUGCACUGUACUUUUUGUUUACCCCAAAAAUGAUUUUACUGUCUGUUCCAAUGUCAAAUGAAUUACAAAAUGUCUCUCAACUUAACAAGCCAUACAGUAUAAUAGUCUACAUAAUAACAUGGAAAAAAUUAAAUACUACAUACAGUACACUUCCCUAUAGGUUCUAAUACAAGUGAAUGUCAAGUGGCGUCAUCCCAACCAAAAUAAAACGAGAAAACAGA